AUGGAUAUGUCGGGAAAGAGUCACUCUACAGAAAAGGCCAAGGCGAACAGGCUCGGCAAACAUGGCAGGAGCGAGACUUCACUUCUUCCUAAAUCGAUUCGAUGUGACAAGAACUCCCCAUGUUCAAGCUGUCAAAUAGCAAAAUUAUCAUGCGGGACUACGACAACAGUAGGAAGGACCGAGCCCCAGUUUAAUGCUACUCCAGAAACAAACCUUGAGCAACGGGAUCUCAGCCUCAUCCAAGAGAGCGUUCUUGAGAUCAAAGAGCGUCUCGAAAGACUCGAGAAGAGUCAACAAGCUCCGAAGCACCCCUUCGACGUUUGCGUUGUAACCGCUGAACGCAAUGCUGCGUCGGCCCCGAGCACAACUUUUCAGAAUGAACCUUCCUUCCUACAGCAGUCCGCACAAGCCUCUCUUUCUGCAGAAAUAUCAGCUGAAGAAGCCAAAACUGGUGAUUCUAGCCGGGAAAUACAGUAUUCAUUAGCAUCCUUGAAGUCACUUCUCCAAGGAGCCUAUCUGCCUUCGUCGAUCAACGAUCUGUAUUUUCCUUGCUCAACCGCUCGAGCACCAGUUGAGGAUAUCGAACUUCCCCCAAUGUCACUUGUUGUUGCUGCAUUAAGGAAAGCAACAGUGAAACUACCUCCAGUGAUCUUACACAAUGGCUUCAGAGACCAUAUGAUGCUCGAGAAUUUAUGCAAGAAGGUAUACUUUCCAGCAAGACCAAGUUCAAAGGGUGAGGUUACUCUCAUGAAUGGUCUUUUAUUCUACCUUCUAGAUGCGUACGGCCAAGAGGACCAAGCAGCUCUCUCAAGUUCUGAUUGUGCAACCUACGCCAAGCUGUGCGAAAAGAAUUUCUGCGACGGUAUCCAGGACUAUGAAUGCUUGGUCACACCCACUUUGGAGAAUAUUCAGUGUCUGAUGAUGGGUGCCAUGAAAGCGCAAGGAGAUGCUCGACCUUCUCUAUGUUGGACUCUCGUCUCCACAGGCGCGCGAUUGUGCCAAAGUUUAGGUUACCACCGAGAAUCCGAAGUAGCACGUGGCCCGCCUGACCUCGCAGAUGCGAAACGACACGUUUUCUGGAUGCUAUACAUGAUAGACAAGGUCAUGUCUCUCAAUCUUGGACGAGCCUCGAGCUUUCCAGACUACGAUAUCGAUGUGGAAGUUUUCUCGCCAAACCCCAACCCGAGAUUCUGGGCCUGGGAUAAGGUAUUGAUGGCAUUCAUCGAACUUUGUAAGCUUCAAGGUCAGAUGUACGAUGAACUCUACUCGGCUAGAGCUCGAUGCCAGCCGCCAGAAAUGAGAUCGCGAUUGAUCCAAGAACGUUCUGCGAGUCUAUUUGCUUGGCACGUUAGCUUAAAAAAGGUACCAGCUUUCAUCAAAGAUAUCGAUACACAACAUGCACAAGACCAAAACGACUUGAACCUCCUCAUCAGCUGGUCGGAUUUUUUCUACUACUACAUAUUAACACUUUUAUACGGAGCCAAAACAUCCCAAGAAGCUGCGACGCAUAUUAGUUCCCAGCGGUAUAAAGCUGCGAGUCUAGGAUUGCAAUGCCACGUACAGAAUUAUGCAAAGCUGUCUUCAACCGAAGUACCCAGCAUGCGCGUCUAUUCCGGCUGGAUAUUACUAUUCUCCUCCUUCGCGCCUUUCCUCGUCGUCUUCACUCACUCCAUAGCCUCGCACAGCCAAGCCGACGUCGACCUCCUACGCCAAGUCCUACGGACCCUCGAAGCAGGCCGCAGCAUAUCCGCAGCUACUAACCGCUUGUACGAAAUGUGUAAAGUAUUCCUGAGAUUCGCUACGGCUUUUGUGCAUUCCAGGCAGGAUUGUUUCGGCUCGUAUAACCCAGAAGAAGAUUCUUUUACGUUUCCAAUGGAAGCUAACACUAAUAAUGUCUAUAAUUUGGCCUCCUCGGAGUUUAGUCCCAGUGGAAGCGGGGACUUUGAGACUAUGCAGGAGAAUCUGGUGCCUAUGUCUGCGUUCUUGGAGACGUAUUUAGGGCAGAAUAUGAAUGGGCUUUGGAAUAUGGAUUUUUCUUGA